AUGCCAUCCGCCAGCGAAACUAAUGGGUCCAACGGUAACGGAGUGGUCAACGGCAACCAUGCGAUCAGUAACGGCGGGACUAAUGGAGAUGUCAAGAAAACCAACGGAGUCAACUCCAGAAUUCUUCAUAUCCCAGAUCUUUUUGAUGGCAUCCUAUCGGGUGACCCCGUUGAGAAUCCAUUAGAGCCUUCAAUAGGACCACUGUCGGAAGCAUGGACCAAAGCACUUACCAAAAUGGACCCCAAAACGGCCAAGAUAUUGACCAAGGCCAACUUCGCCUACCUCAUCAGCUUGUCUGCUCCCCAGGCAGACGCCGAAGCAUUUCGCAUGGCAGUUGAUUGGUGUAUCUGGGCUUUCGUGUUCGAUGAUCAGUAUGACGAAGGCGAGAUGAAAGAUAAGACUAUUGAGUCGGCCCAUGAGAUGAUCUACACAUUGAGUUUGAUGGACGACUCAUAUCCACCAGUCGACCCGAAGAAAUACCCGCUUCGCUAUAUGUUCCAGUCAACCUGGCAUCGAUUUCAGCAGAGGAAUCCCGCACCAGACCUUCAGCAGCGCUGGAAGGAGACUCACAGAAAGUGCCUAUACGCUAUACUCCAACAAGUGUGGCUAGCUCAAUCUAAUACCGGGCUCGACGUUGCUAUUCCCGACUACAUGGCAACUCGACGGCAGUCAAUCGGCUCGUAUUGCUUAUUCGUGGUAGUCGAAUGGGCACACGGCAUCAAGUUGACACAAGAUAUUAUGGAUCAUCCUUCGAUUGCCACCUGCGAGCGCGCCGCCGCAGACCUCACUUGGCUGGUGAAUGAUGUUUUGUCCUACAAGAAAGACUUGGGCUUUGGUGUAGAGCAUAACCUGAUCUGCCUACUGAAGCGACAAGGCCUCUCCGAACAGCAGGCAAUGGAUAGGACUGGCGAGAUUAUGAACCAGUGCCAGAAAGAUUGGGACGACGCAGUAGCGAACCUACCUUCGUGGGGCGAAGAGACUGAUAAAGAGGUACAGAGAUAUCUCGGCGCAUGCCGGGAUGUUGCAAGAGCUAAUCUCUGGUGGAGUUUCAAGAGCGGUCGGUAUUUGAAUGCGGAAGAGGCGAUUCAAGCGCGUACAGCUAGGAUUUUGACUUUGUAGGAUUUGUAGUGGUUUUUUUGGUUUUUGGUUUUUGCCUAAGGUAUCGUAUAACAACGCUAUGACAGUUUCCAAAUGUUCUAUUAAACAUAUGAGUUUGUUUAUCUUCUAUCAAAUCUCCUCCGGGAAAGUCUAUAUGUUCAUCGUGAUUCCGAAAACUCAUCCGCCCCCUGGGCCCCCUGGCCCUAUAGCCGCGACUUUCUCCGUAAUCGACUGCCUUAGAGCACGAAUCACCCACUCGUACGCAGGAUGAUUGACCUUUACCCCCUUUUCCAGUAGCGUGAUCAGAGAACCCAGGCGAGUGAUUCUGAUACCGAUAAGUGAUCGAAUCACAUUGAUCUCUUCCUCGUCGUCAAGGCGCCAUGCGCCAGCUUUUAC